ACAGCCUGCUGCUGCGCUUAAUGGGUGCGCCUGUGGACAAAUUCUUCGAGGUAUGUGGAUGGAUUUAUUACUCUGGUCUGGAGACUGUAUAGGCCGUGAGACUUGUUUAAAGAUCACCGACUGACCCCGCCCUGCAAAGUCUAUAACUUCCUAAAGUUUUCACCCCGCUACAGAGUAACACCCCAUGUCCUCUGCUGAACUGCGCGCACGAAUGAAUACCACGGAUAUUAAUAACUGGAUAGCCAACAAUGUUGUCUAAAUUGCUCAUGGAAGGCUGAGCGUCCAUUUUCCUCAUAUGGCCGGAGCUUGCUGCAAGUGUCCGGUUUCUCUCACGGUGUUCAAGCGCUCUCUCUGCGUCACCCCGCGGAGCCCUGGACCCGCUUCACGGUCCCUUCUCUCCGGGGGACGGCUGGGCGAGAGGGGCGUGCAGGAGGGAUGUUGGGCCGCCCGCCCCAGUGCUUUGCGGACAGUAGGCUCUUACCGACACCCCGUGUUUCUCUGUUUCUCUUGCCAGGAAUCCAUGAGUGAGAGCCUGCGGACAUGCUACCUCUAUCUGAACCAGACCAGUCGCAGUUUCGCCGCUGUUAUCCAGGCGCUAGACGGAGAGUUACGACAUGCGGUGUGUAUCUUCUACCUGGUCCUACGUGCCCUUGACACGGUGGAGGAUGAUAUGACCAUCCCCCUGGAGAAGAAGGUGCCCAUGCUGAAUGACUUCCACACGUACCUUUACCAGGCCAACUGGUGCUUCACUGAGAGCCACGAGAAGGACAGGCGGGUCCUGGAGGACUUCCCCACGAUUUCCUUGGAGUUCAGGAACCUGGGUCAGGCAUACCAGGAUGUGAUCUCGGACAUCUGCCACCGCAUGGGAGUUGGAAUGGCUGAGUUUCUGGAGAAGAAAGUGGGCUCCAUGAAGGAGUGGGACCAGUACUGUCACUAUGUGGCAGGGCUGGUGGGUAUAGGCCUGUCCCAGCUGUUCUCUGCCUCCCAGCUGGAGGACCCCGAGGUGGGCAAAGACACAGAGCUGGCCAACUCCAUGGGCCUGUUCCUCCAGAAGACCAACAUCAUCAGAGACUACCUGGAGGAUAUACAGGUGGCAAGGGCCUUCUGGCCACAAGAGGCAUGGAGUCAGUUUGCGUGUCGUCUGGAGGACCUGGCAGAGUCUGACCAGCUGACCUCAGCCCUGUCCUGUCUCAACCUGCUGGUGACAGACGCCCUGCGCCACGUCCCUGAUGUCAUCACCUAUCUGGCACGCCUACGCAACCAGAGCGUCUUCAACUUCUGCGCCAUACCACAGGUGAUGGCGAUAGCGACCCUCUCAGCCUGUUACAACAACCCUCAAGUAUUUCAGGGCGUGGUGAAAAUCAGGAAGGGUCAGGCCGUCACCCUCAUGAUGCAAGCCACCAACAUGGGUGCUGUGCAAAGCAUCAUGGCCCAAUACAGCCAGGAGAUGCUACAGAGGGUGUCCUUGACAGAUCCAUCCCGGGACAAAACCCUGUUUAUCCUGGGUGUGAUCCAGGAGAGGACUCUCUCCCAAGCCACCCUGGCCUCAAGGACUGCCCACCUCUCCCCCAUGUACCUCUCCGCUGCCAUGAUCCUCGCCGCCCUCAGCUGGCAGUACCUAAGCACUACAGCCGGACAACCUCCCGGCACUGCUGACAUGCAGGGCCAUUGAGCCCACUCAACCCCCACUAACCCUCACCCUGCAUGGGGUGCACGACUGAGAUGCUCCCUUCUCUCCUGAGGCCUGGUUCUCCCUCUCCCCUGGAGGAAUCUUACCCUCCCAUUCACCUGUCCUGUUUAACUCACCUGUGAUGGUCCGUAGAGGCCUGUACUAUGGGAGUCACUGGUAGCAGGGUUGUCUUAUUGUGUUUGAUAGUGAUUUGCAGUCUUACUUUCCGUAACAUUAUUUUCUAACACAUUGGUCAUACUCACGUCAGAUACACACGGCACCUGGCACAUCUCUCUUGCUCAUUUGUUUUUUUUUGGUUUGUUUUUAUGUUGAUUUGAGUUAUUUUGUAACCAUAACACUGGUUUUUUUUGUUCCAUGUUUUGAAAGGGAGAAUUCCAAUAGAGCUAUAAUGGAUUGGUCAUUUCACUUUUUUCUUCAACAUUAAUUUGAAAUGUGAAUAGGAUUUAGUAAAGUCUUGGACCCAUCACACAAACCUAAAGCACACAGCUCACACACAUACAGGACAUUGUGAUUUAAGAAACAUCAACUAAACCAUUGUGCAUUUCUUAUAGUCGUUUUUUUUUUGGGGGGGGGGGGUUGUAAUGUUAUUUUCAAUAGCAACUAAUGAAACACAAUGGUUCUGUUUGAUGUGUUUUAUAAGUGUCUGUAUAUCUCCAUAGCAAGAACUAAGAUGAUUGUUUAUGUACAGUAUAGCUACAUGUUGUCACAUUCAAUCAUAGUAAACUGGGCACAUCUCAAUAGUCUAAAGUUGCCUCCUCUGAAAAGACAUAAUAGCAAAUAUGAAGCAAUAUGACAGAAGCCUAGCUUAGCUUUCAUCUAUAUGUCUGUGUCUUUCUCAUUGUGGACAAAGGAAAGGGGACAAGGAGCGGAAGCCACAUUUGUCUUUUGAGACAUGCCCAGUGUAAGAUGAUACAGAGACUGGUAGAAGCGGGAUUGCAGCAGAGCACAUAGUAGCAGGCUGCUAAGUGUCCUUAAGACCGAGCUUUGGUGAGUAAGAAGGCUACAAUAGUGUGGUGUAUCCUUGUACACAACCAAAGAAGACAUUAAUAUUGCUAUGUAAUGUGAUAUUUUAAUUUGUAUAUCAUUGAAAAAAGAAUAAAAGACAAUAGUGUUUCUGAA